AUGAGCAAUGUAUCGAGCAAUGUCUUACUGACCUACGAUUCUAACUUAGAGCUACAUUCAGACAGUUCCGAUUUCGAAGGCAUACAGAGCCCCGUUGUCACAGGCAAAAAGGGUAAACAUAAAUUCCAUAUGAAGAAACUAUACCCAAAGCGAAAUCCCCACUUACAGAGAUGCAAUAGCAAUGAUUAUGUACUGUCGGAAGACACCUCUACAGAAAUGUGGGAAAGACAAGAAACCUCUUUAAAUCAAUACGAAGAAACAGUAGGCGAAAUUAAAGUACGAAAAUCCUACAAAAACAAAAAAUACAAAACUCUAGACAGCGGGGACCAAAUAGUAACAAUAAAGUCUAAACGCUCGUUGAUACGACACAAAGUAAUGCCAUGUCUAUCAAGCAUGUUCGGACGACCGAGUAAUAAUGUUAAACAAAUGUCAAUUAUAAAGGAAAACCAAGCUGAAAACGUAAACAUAGAUAACGGUUGUCAGGCCAGCGUCAACCGUGAACACAAAAUAAGGAAAUCUACUAUAAGACAGCCAUGCUACGCCGUCCAACCUGUUUAUGCCUUUGAAGGAAACGUUCAUUCCAAGCAGACUCCACUUCAACACACAAAAAUUGUCCGAGAACCGUUAUCGCCUCGCGAAACCUUCCGAUACGACAACUCUAACAUGAGUAACAGUUUGACAUCAUCCACGGAGGACGACAGAACUCGAAGAUUCAUUAAAACGAAAAAGUCAAAGCGUAACAAAACUUUCCUCAAUGAUUAUUCCCCAGGUUAUGAGGGAUCAGACCCAAAAUGUAACAUACAGCAGCAGUACCCUUCGAUAUCACUUUCAAACUCUCCAUAUGAUAUAUAUACAACUCCUUGUCAGUAUCAAGGGACCUAUAAAAGGUGUUCCCCAUUACCUUCUGAUUGUAGUAGUGAUCUACCGGGCACAUGCUCAGGUUUUUGGGACUAUCUCUUCAAUAAAAUCAAUAUGAAAUACCAAGGUAAUCUGGGGAAGCCGUGCAGAUGUAAUGAUAUAAAUACAAAUACUACCAUCGUCACCCACUGCUGUGCACCUACUUGUGAAAAAAAUAACAACCCGCAAUAUGCGAGUGCUCCUCCACAAGCCUAUCAAAGCCAGACCCCAUACAAGCAAGAUUCAUGCUCCUGUUGUGCCUCUUUUCAUGCAAGACCUCCUGCAAUUGUUAAUGAAACUCAGACUACACCAUCUCCCAUUUUACCCGUGACUGUCCCUCUACCCGCACCUCUACCCGCUCCCCCACCAAACAAAAAACAGGAAGAAGUGAAAGUAACAUGUAAGUGUUAUUCAAAAAAGUAUUCAAACGGUGCGGCGCCGCCCCCCGCUGCAGUUGUACCAAAGUCUACAGGCUCUAUGACUAUGGCUGAUAUACCACGACCCUGCCAGGUCCCACACGAUGAAAUUACAGGUAACUUAACACAGAAGUAUAGAGGUGAAAUACUAUGCAUUCACAACCCCCCGUGCGUUUUGAUCAACGGGUGCCUCAAUCUUCCGCCUCCUAAAGAAGAAACGACUAUGAAUAUGUACCCAGUAGCUACAAAUGGUAACAGCAUCAAGUCUGGUUUCCAGCUAGGGCAAGUCUCCAAGAGGCAAAAAAGCGCUCAAUAUUGUUUGCCAACAAUAGAUAAGCAGCAAGGACAAAUUGCCGAUGAAAGUUGCCAGUAUCUCCCUCCUUCGAAGGAAAAUGUCUUUGAGAACGAUAAGCUAAACGAGAGUUGUCAGUAUCAAAUUCCAGAAAAAUUAAAAGAACAAAUGAUGGUUACAGACGAAAGUUGUCAAUAUCUACUUGAAAGCAAUGUACGGAAACAGAACAUGUCUACCAACGAGAGUUGCCAGUAUCGAGUCUCAACUUUUGAGAUCCCCAAACAGCAAAAAAUGGCAAAUGAUAGUUGUCAGUAUCGGAUGCCAUCAUAUAACUCACCACAAGAUCAGAUUCCGACAAAUGACAAAUUGCCCUACCGGGUGUCACCAUUUGAGAUCCCGAAACAGCAGAUGAUGACAAAUCAGAGUGGUCAAUACAGUGUGCAGCCAUUUGAGACCAAAACAAAUGACAUUUGUCAGUACGGACCUUCGCCAUUUGCAACCCCAAAAAAUCAGAGCAGUCAACGCUAUAAACUGUCUGCUUUUGAGGCUGAGAAGCAACCUGUCACUGCUAACGAAAGUUGUCAGUACUGGGUGUCACACACUGAAACACAGAAACCACACAUGGCUGCCAAUGAAAGUUGUCAAUACAUUGAAUCACCUGCCGAGAAUAAUAGCAAUAAGGAAUCAGAACCAAUCAUAGAAUUAAAACCAGCUAAAGUGAAAAAAGAGAAACUUGUACAAAGUAUAUGCAACCACUAUCCACCUUGUGAAGUCGUUAGAACUUGUCGCAAGCCUAAAUAUGAUCCGAAGCUACAGAACUCUUGUGUGCAUGUACCGAUGUGUGAGAAGGUACCUCUGUGUUUGAUGGAACUAAAGGCCCGCAACCGAGCCGUCACAUCCUGUCCACAUAAGCCUAAAUGCGCUGAAGUGCCUAUUUGUACGAGGAACUACAUAGUUUUGACAGCUAAGGAGGAGGCGGGUACUCAAGUGCGGCCAAAGACUAAGAUGGUGUGCAGACACGAGCCGCCGUGCAUCAUGAUCCCGCGGUGCCUGGCGCGCGCGUGUGAUGGCUGCAUACCCUGCGACGCCAUCCCCGACUGUGUGCACCAGCCGAUGUGCGAGAUGAUCCCCGCCUGCUGCAGGAAGUCAGCCAAAGAAAUGGCCCCGGCAACUUUGGAAGGCGGUGUACGGAAAGUAUCGAAGGUGCCAGUUUACUACGAGAACAAAUUUUUGAGAAUGAUGCAUUUGAAACGUUCUUGCAAGUGACUAACA